AGCAAAGUUUUUUAACAAAUAAUGAGGGACGUCACUAUUUCGAAAAUUGUCAAUUCCGCCAAUUUCCGCAUACAAAAAUAAUUCUUGACUGUGAAGGUAAUUGACUGUGGACUGUGAACAAUAAUUAGUUAAAAUGAGUUUUCGUGAAGAAGACAGACAGAAGAGUAAUUGUCCGAGCCGCGGACUGGGUUUAGCUGCGGCAGCUAUUGGCGUCGGAGUUGGGGCUGCUUUGUACUACUUCUUCAGUAAGAGGCAGGAGAAUCCUGAUGGAGAAGGUUCAGUCGCAUCUGCUUGGCAAACGGAAACUUUGACUGAAGAAGAACAAAUGCAAAUCCUUAGAGAUGAAGCUUAUCGCGAACGUAACUGGGUGACAGAGGAGUGUUCGAUAUGCUUCGAGGUGAUCCAGCGCAGUCAGGAGGUGAUGACCCUCCCCUGCUCGCACAACUUCCACCAGGCCUGCAUCCUGCCCUGGCUCCAGGAGCAGCAGACAUGCCCCAACUGCAGGAAACGCACUGAAUGAUAGCGUUCAAGAUUUUGCAGCAACAAAGUGAUACAUUCAAUUCUGCUGGUACAGGAUUUGAAGUCAUCUUGUGUCUCUUAGGCAUUGUAAAUUGAUUUAUAUCUGAAAUUCUCUAAAAACAUGACAAGAUAAACUGAAAUCUGUGAUUUUUUUCCUUUACUUUUUAAAACUGACAUGUCUUAUCGCUGUUUACUCUUUGACAUAGAUUAGUUAUGGCUGUUGACUUUACUUUUUAGGUUAUGUCAUUUUUAUUUUUUCUUUUUCUGUUAUUUAAGUUGAAAUGUUUUAUUGCAUUAAAAAUCUGUGUUUAUUAUUUUUUUAAUCCUUUUCGAAUAUUCUAGUCAUUCUAUUUCAGGUAUAUAUCAAUUGUUAACGAUAAUGUUUGUUUGCUGCUAGAAAUUAUAUAAGCUAAUGAAUCUGCAAUGAAAUGAAAAGAUUAAUAUUGUUAAGAUUUUGUAUUUCUUUCAACCAAGGUUUUAUUGUAAAAAAAAAAUAGUA